AUGCUGGCUGCCCGCUCUUUCGCCGCGCCCGCAAGGCAAUGCCUGCGCCAGGCCAACAAGGUCCAGCGCUUCGCCCCGGCCUUCACCAGGACCUAUGCCGUCGCCGCCGACGACAAGGUCGCCAAGUUCAAGGGCACCAAGGGCAACGACGGCAAGUUCACCGUCACCCUGAUCGAGGGCGAUGGUAUCGGUCCCGAGAUCUCGCAGGCCGUCAAGGACAUUUACUCGGCCGCCAACGUCCCCAUCAAGUGGGAGUCGGUCGAUGUUACGCCGCGUCUGGUCGACGGCAAGACCUCCAUCCCUCCCGAGGCCAUUGAGAGCGUUACCAAGAACUACGUUGCCCUCAAGGGCCCGCUCGCCACGCCCGUUGGCAAGGGCCAUGUCUCGCUGAACCUGACCCUGCGCCGUACCUUCAACCUGUUCGCCAACCUGCGUCCCUGCAAGUCCAUCGCGGGCUACAAGACCCCCUACGACAACGUGGACACGGUGCUCAUCCGCGAGAACACCGAGGGUGAAUACUCGGGCAUUGAGCACGUCGUCGUCGACGGCGUGGUGCAGUCCAUCAAGCUGAUCACGCGCGAGGCUUGCGAGCGCGUCCUGCGCUUCGCUUUCCAGCACGCCGAGUCGAUUGGCCGCAAGAAGGUGCGCGCCGUGCACAAGGCGACCAUCAUGAAGAUGUCCGACGGUCUCUUCCUGUCUACCGCCCGCGAGAUUGCCAAGGACUACCCGCACAUUGAGUUCGACGCCGAGCUGCUCGACAACACGUGCCUGAAGAUGGUCACGGACCCGAUCCCGUACAACGACAAGGUCCUCGUCAUGCCUAACCUGUACGGUGACAUUCUGUCCGACAUGUGCGCCGGCCUUAUCGGUGGUCUUGGUCUCACCCCCUCUGGCAACAUUGGCGACGAGUGCUCCAUCUUCGAGGCCGUCCACGGCUCCGCCCCCGACAUUGCGGGCAAGGGCCUCGCUAACCCCACGGCCCUGCUCCUCUCCUCCAUCAUGAUGCUUAGGCACAUGGGUCUCAACGAGCACGCUUCCCAGAUCGAGGGCGCCAUCUUCAAGGUCCUGUCCGAGGGCAAGACCAUCACGGGCGACCUUGGCGGCAAGGCCAAGACGCACGAGUACGCCAACGCGGUCAUCAAGGCUUUGUAA